GUCCACUGUGAUAACUAUUGAUCGAUACGUAGCUGUCGCAUCAUUUGCGUGAAAAUGAAAGGGUCGUGUAUUUUGGUUGUUUUCCUGUGUUAUAUGUUUCCACGAGGCGUUGCAAAUGCCCAAUAUCUUGGCAACGAUUACAUCGAAGAAGAUCCACGGAAUGUUUUAGCCGAUUUCGAUCGGUUACGCACGCUUAUGCGAAAAUAUGCGGCCAACGAUGACAGGGAAAUUCGUCGAAACGUUAACGAUUACGACGAUGAAUUGAAAAAUUGGACAGGCCAAUGGAUGCCUCAUAGGCCAAAUGAUCCCACCUUACCACCAAAAAUAUUUCCAAAAGUCGACCAGUCGAGUGUUUUGGAGUCCUCGCAGUCUCCUCACGGAGUACCGAUGGGAUAUCCGUCGAAAAGCUGCGACGAUGCAAAGACCAAUUUAACCUUGGAUUGGGACGGCAAUCCUAUCAAUUACACCUGUUACGACAAGAGAAUCGUUCCAGAUAGAAACAUAAUAGCGAUCAAAUACUGCGAACGCAUCCCAAAGUAUUACGUCGCUAUACAUAAAUGCAUGUACGAGGAAAUAGAAUACGACGACAAUGUUCCGGUGUUUGGCCCGCACAGACCUUUGUGGCCCAUCUAUGGCGAAUACAAAUUCUUGCCGAGACAGAGGUGGCUCCAUAAUCUCGAGCAUGGAGCGAUCCUUGCAUUGUAUCAUCCGUGCGCCAAUCCAAUGGAAGUAAAGCGCUUGAAAAGCUUACUCAGAGGCUGUCUACGACGGCACGUAAUCAGUCCAUCGAAUCUGUUGGACGAGCAUCGCCCGCUGGCUUUGGUCGCAUGGGGAUGUCGACUGAGCAUGUCGUACGUGAAUCCCAAACUGGUGGUUAAAUUUAUCCGCGAGCAUGCUCUUCGAGGACCAGAGGAAAUUGCAAGGGACGGUGAUUUUUCCGAUGGUUUGAUACGUCGAGCUAAAAUCGUGUCCGAUCUCGACGAUACGAUGUUAUGCCCGAACGCACGAAUCGUUUAACGUCAUCGACAUUGCGUAUCGACUAGUAUAGCUUAGUCUUUAUUAUAAUCUCUCUUCCCCCUUUUAUUAUAAUACUAUACGUACAUGUACAUACCAAUGUUCAUAACCUUCAUUACUUAUUUAUUCGCGGUGUUUCCUCACCUUCUCAUUUCCUUCCUCUCCCUCUUCCUCUUCCAUUUCAUUGUCCUAUUCUUGUUUCCCAUUUUUUUAAUUCAUUUAACGCUUUCUUAACCGUACCCCGUUCGCCCUCUACCCGGCUCAUCGAUCGCUGUUCGUUUUAUCGUGAUACAUAAUAGAAGAAUGAAUAAAAAGAAAAAAGAAAAAAAAAAAAAAAGAAAACAGAUAAAAGAAAUCGAAAGGUAACACUGAGUUGUAUUUUUUUUUCUUUUUUGUUCAACGAACCUCCUUUUCUUUAUUUUAUUCGUUAAUAAUCGGUGUGACGCGCGGGUUCUCGAGGAUACGCGCGUCGAACAACGAGGUCAUAGGAGACGAAUGAAUGGGACGCGCAACAUUCACUCCCGUUACAUAUUCUUGUAUAUUGUUCAUCUUUCGAGAGAGAAGAUCAAUUAGUUAAAUACAUUGAACAUCGUGUCGGUUUUUAAAAUCUCUUUGCGGACCUUUGUUAUCUACAGACGUAUAGUAACUUCACUGUAGUGCUGACUAUAAUCGUUAUUCCUGCGGAUACGUAUCUUCGAUGAUAUAUAAAAUUAGGGUAAGACAAGUAACGCUAUCAUAUUUCGGUAAUGUAAAAUACACUACUCGUCUACUCAAUAGUAAGUCGUUAACGUAAAAGAAUAUAAUUGUACAGUAAACGCUUCGCUCUUUUUUUCACUUUUUGUUCUUUUUUUUUUUUUUGGUUUUGUCUUUGUUGUCGCUUCGGUAGAUCAAUAGAUCGAAGAUAACUGGCAUAACGCGAGGGGAAAUCGGCGAAUCGCGAGUGAGAAGCAACGACCACGUCCCAAAAAGUCGAGACGAUGUUUGCGCGCGCGUCGAUUCGGUCGAAGGAAACGAAGAUCCGACGAUUCGCCGAUUUAGCUCUCACGUUUGUCGACCGAACGUUCGUGGGGCGCGAUCCGACUCUCGUCGUACUCGACGUACCCUUUUUUCCUUUCGAAACCUAUCCUUUUAGCCUCCGUGUUGCAAAGCGAGCCGGAUCUAUCGGGUGGUUCUUUCUGCGGGACACCUACCCUAUCGUGUAGGAAUGCGUGUAUAUACUGAUAUUCAGGCUCGCAGAGGCAUUUAUACUUUUGUGCAGAAUUAGACGACGAUGAAAGGGCACGCUUCUUCGAUCGCGCGCGUUAGAUCUUGGAUAGACGCUUUAGUCAGCGCUGCAACGCAGCUCUCUUCUCUCCGUUGGAUGACGAGCGCGGACCUCGCCUCGCGUUUCUUUCGUCGGACGCAGCUAGUACACGCGUUACGACGGUGGAUCUCUUAAAAUUAUUGCCAACUUUGUACAGAGUCGAUAAUAAUAAUGAUAAUAACAAUAAUAUCGCAUUAAAGAUGAAAACGAAAUAACGAUCUAUCUCGUUCUGUUCUCGAUUGACAGAGAGAGAGAGAGAAGUGAAUGCAUCCGUGCUCGCUCGACGCAAAUACGACUCAUAGGCGGAAAAAAAACACCGUUCAUUUAUUUAAUAAUUAAUCCUUAAUACAGAUCUCUUUUUUUUUUCUUUUUCUUUUUCUAUUUUUUUGCCUUUUCUUCGUUCUUGCGUAGUUCUCUCACCUAAUAGAAGUGUGUCUACGAUAAAAAGUAUUUCCAUACCAUUGUUCAACGUGCUAAAUUCUUCAAAUUUUUAACUCUUUCGUGCAUCGGUUUCUCUCUCGCAUGCAAACAUACGUUUAUUCUUUCGCUCAAACUCUCUUACCAUUUCUCGUUCGUUCUUUCGUUCGUUCGUUCUUUCGCUCGCUCAUUCGUUCCAUCGUACAUUGCUCCUCUGCCUAAACUUUUCCUGUUAUUUUUCGCUUUUAUCUUCUUUUAUCUUCUUUUUUCUUCGAAACUCUUUUCCUUCCCGUCUUCCUUUCUUUCUUUCUUUCUUUCUUUUUUACCUUUCUUCUUUCUUACUUUCACCCCCAUAUUCCUUGGCUCGUUCGUUCAUACGUACGUGCUUUCUACUCCUUUCUCUCCCACUCUCUCAUUCCCUAAUUAGUUUCUCGAUAAUGUAAAUUUAUUAUAAUAAUCUCACUUUGCCACGUGACAACCCCAUCACGAUCGCUCUUUAUUUUUGUUCGUUUGUUCUUUUGUCUGAAAACAUUCGCAAACUUACGAUUUACGCUCGAAAGUGGAAUUGACACUCAUAAAGUUAUUGAAAUAGUCUCUCGAAGAGUAAUAAUUGCACCGAUGCGACACGACCAAUGUACAUUUUCUUAAUACUUUGUCGUGUUCGAGGUCUCUAAAGCGUUCCUUCUGCUUCGUCACGAUUCCCGUUUCUUUGUCGUGUUUGCUCUCUGAUUGGUUUACACUUUGGUCCGUCUGUCGGUCUAGCCUUUCCUUCGUUCGCAUCGUUUUCUAACAUUUUCAUCGUGCAAACCCGAUUUCUAUCCUUCGAAAUGGUAUUCGUUUGACAGACGCGUGACAAACGCAGGGAACACGAGAGAAAGAAAAUGGAAGAGAACAGGGAAGGAUGAAAAGAAGGAAGAAGAA